AUGAUCGAAGUUCUACACACCAGCCAGGCCGCUAUCAACGGUACUGGGUCUGCAACGUUUCGCAGAGGAGAGAACCAGAGAAUGAAAGAUUAUGAUCUCAACUCUAGGAAGGAUGCAGAGAGCACCAAGCGGGUGCCUCAACGGUCUCAGACUGUCUACGACUAUAUCUUGCCCCAGGCGCCUACCUUCUUCCCCAAGUACACGCUCCCCACGAGACCACGAAUUUUUUGCGAUAGCAUCCCAUCGUCAUCAUCAUCAUCAUCAUCGUCAUCAUCAUCAUCAUCAUCAUCAUCAUCAUCAUCAUCAUCCAUCGCAAGGUCACAAACCGCACAUGACGACCAACUGGUAGACCGACCAUCGCGCAAACCGCCCCUCGGUCCGCCACGCCGCUCCUACUCAGUUACAGACGAAGAACCAAUCCUCUCCCCGCCGAUCGGCCGAAUCUCGAUCACGGACCUCCCUAGUGAAGUGCACUACCUCAUCUUUGGGUUCCUCGACGCUAUCGACAGCACAUGUCUCGGCCUGACGAACCGCCAUUUCUAUGCAAUUCAUCGCAAGCUACACGGUACCGUGCCCCUGACCGCGCGGAGAAAGGGGCCGAAUGAGCUGGAAUGGGCGUGGCAUUUGUCAGGGAGGGUUAUUAAGCGCGAGGGGCCGUGGGAUCAAGUUGAGAAUGGAGAUGGGGAUGGCGGGGGAAGCGGUCCUCCUAAAGAUGGAGGUGGAGGGGGAGCGUCCCCGAAGAAGUUGUCGGAACUAAGAGUGCGUGGGCAGGCGUAUUGUCGGAUGUGUAGGACGAGUCGGUGCGAACUAUAUCGGCAUAUUCAAAGCUGGAUGGGCGAGGAACUGGAGUACUGCUCGGUGAGGCGGAAGUUUGGGUCGGUUGCUCCUGAGGGAGCGACGAGCUAUUGCUAUAUGUCGAGGCCAGGGGAUAUGAGCCAGUGUGGACGGCAUUGGGCGAGGAGUGUGAGGGAUAGGGAGCGUGAGGGGAAGGAAUCUAACGAAGGGACUGCUGGAAAGUGA